AUGGCAGCGGCAGAGACCAGUUCAAAUGCCCCCUCUGACUUGCAAAAAAGCUUCUUUCUUGUGAUCGCGCCGGCUACACCAACUGUCUCACAAGCCGGAACGCCUGUUGAGCUCUCGCACAGCUGGCUGGCACCUCAGCACCCGCGGGACUUGUUAUCCUCUUUCUUGUACAACUCUCAUUGUUGCAAAAGUGAACAUCGCCACCUACACCCGCGUUUGCUACUGUCGGUCUACGAUGCCACCCACCGCGGAAGGAAGCAGUCUGCACCAUGGGUGUUUGGUGGCAGAAAUGCACAAGAUGCGGGCGCCCAUCCGAGCACGCCUGUGCCACCUCCUCGCUCCGAAAAGCGCAAUCCCUUUUCGACUCCCGAGGAUGGAAACGAUUCGAAGUGCCAGCUCAGCAGUGACGGCGCCAUACCCCGUUCGAUGACCGAAUAUCCCCCGAGAAAGCCGCUGUAUGGUCCAGAUCUGGACGACUCCGCCCUUGAUCAUGAGGCAACGUCGCCAGAACUCGACGAGGACAAGGCCACCUCCGACUGGGAGACGGUGGCAGCAGAUGACGAGAUGGUGCGCCAUGCUUACCCACCUCCAGUGCGGUACGGACCAAACGCCUUCGAAGUCCAGGAUCUCAUCGGGCACGGUUAUCGUCUUGAAAAUCAACCCCAGCGACCAAACACCAUGUUCGGUCCUACCAGUCUCUCGCCUGCUGGCGAGCCACAGCAGAGCUCGGGUGCCACUAAAACAAAUGAGCCCACUGAUAUCAGGUACAGCAGCUUUGUCAACGAAAGGCGAGACCAAGGGAGGGACGCCAAUGCUGCCGAUGAUUUCUCAGGCAAUGAGCCCCAUGGAGCCCUCAGUCGAAACCGCGUGAAUACUGCGACGAUCCUUGACAGCCAAGGACUAGGCGGGCUCGUCGCCAGCAACUCGAUAACGUCGAGCAGCUUGACUGUGGACCGGUUCAAAUACGAUGACGGCCACUAUGCUGUAUUCUUGCGCCCUGGCGCCGAGAGAGAGGUUACCUCGUGGCCACCCAGGCGAGAGCCGACUUUGACGGCGACAACCAACCGUCUGUUCAGGAUCCGCAGUUUUACGACCCUUCCGCCAUCCGGUCGACCUAGAAGGUCAACGAUCGAUGUGAAGCCUCAUGCAGAUGAUCGCAAUCGCACGCUCGCCCUCCCUCGAACUCGCACAGAUCAAGACACCGAUGGCGACUGGCAAACCGUCACCACCGACCAGCUUCACGAGCAACCUCGGGAGAUUGAGAUACACCUUAUCAGAGGCACUGGCAGCAGCAUUGCAGACGUGUCCGAUACGUCCGAUCUUGCAAACGACGGCAUCUCGGGAACGCGUCGCCGCUCAGCCCAGAACAGUGAUACAGAGUGGCCCCGGCCUAGAGAGCUUUCGUCGAUUCGCAACAGGCGGCAUUUUAUGCAUGGUCGAGAACCGCCAGACUUCAUCUGGACCCCGAAUGGUGUCAGAGCCGCCCGCCCUGAUCUCUCUAUUCGGGUUCCUCAGAUGCCGGCCAGGGCUGCUGCUGCAAUUCGCGGAUUCUCCAGCCCUUUCGGCAAUGAAAGCAGCAGGGCACGUCGGAGUGUCCGUUUGAACGCCGUCCCCGAGUCGCAGAAUCUCAGAAGCAGCUACGAAAGUCUGGACUCUGAACCAGAUGACGGCCUUAUGCCCUCUGCCAGGGGAAGACACUGUCCAAAGGCGCCCGAUGCUUCCGCUGGUGCUCUUGACAGUCGCCUGCUUGCGCAAGGGACUUCAACUGCGCUUGCCCCUGAACUCACGUUCGGUACAGCAAAUGAUAGCUUUUACGCCAACAUAUCAAGGCUGCCAUUUCCUCUGGUUAGCCUGCCAGAGGCGGCCAAAAUGCAACGGUAUCGAAUCGACCGAGGCGAGGAGGACCACACGGAUCUCCCGAGCUCAUUUGCGGCCAAGGCCAGGUCGACCAGGUCCGGCACUUUCAGUUCGAUGUCGUCACGCACGAGCCCGUUGACUCCCCUUUCACCGUUCGGUGACUUGCGUGGGAGUGUCGCGACGUCGACUCCAGCCCGUCCCCCGAUUGCGUACCAGGACCAUUUCUCGCGCAGAAAGGACACACGUAAGGGAACCUUCCGUCACCGAAGGACAUUUGCGACUAACCUGUCCCCAGCAAGCUUCGAUACUACCCAAAGCAGGCUUCACUCCUCGGCUAUACUCGGGAGCUCCCCUAUCACGCCGGUGCCACGCCGAACAUCUAGUGGUCCUUGGUAUGAGGUGGGACUGCGCGAUAGCCCCUCUAUCCUGGGAGUCGACCUUCGUCGCCUUCGUGGCUUCUCGCUUCGAACCCGGCAGAGACGUGCUGAAGCGAUUGGGGAGAGUUUCGAGAUGUUCAGCCGAUCCGAAACUGAGCUGAUUCGCUCGGCGAGAGAGGAGGUACGCUUGAACAGAGCAAUGCGAGGCCAGGAGAACGACCGCCAGAGAGCCAUUUUCCUCGCCGUCAUGGUGCUUACCCUGAUCCUCCCCCCCAUCGGACUCCUCGCGCUGCUGGGCCACUUCGACUCGGCUAUUUCGUGGUAUACCCACGGCGAAGCGCAUUGCUUCACAAAAGAGCAGCGCUCCAUCUUGAAACAGCAAUUGAUGGUCGAGGGUGCGCUGUAUGUCGGUCUAGUCAUUGCUCUGGCGGUCUACUUUGGCCGCCACAACUGA